AUGGCAACUCGAAAUAACAAUUAUUAUUCCUCCAUUCGCGAAAGAACUAAAGGGCUUGUAUUAAGGUGUUUAAACAAUGACAAUAACGAUUACAAGACAUUAAAUACAAGGAAUUAUGUAGAUAACAAUAAAGAAAAUCGUGGUCGUGAGACUGAAAUAUCAGUAAAUUACGUUAAUACCUACCCAGCCUUUGAUUCAGAUAAAGAAAAAUCGCACACUGAUGUUAACCAAUGCUGUCUACCUACGUUAGCAAAGGAUAAUGCCGAAACGUUAUCUGACGAAUUACAGACUAAUAGAUUUGAUGAAGACGACAGUGAUUUUGAAGAGGAGUCAACACGUCCUAAACUUUUUCCUCAGGAAGAGCUAAGUGAUCUUAUCAGAGAUUUGAACCUUCCAAAGAAUUCUUCCGAGUUGAUUGCCUACAGACUAAAGCAAAAGAAUCUUCUGUAUCCAAACACCAAAAUUACAUAUUAA